AUGUCGAAGACUGAUAGGGCACACAUGGAGGGCAUAGCUGUGGCGAAGAGCAUCGAUGGUGAGAUAGUUGGCAAGGACGGCCGCCCUCGACGUGAAAUCAGAGAGGGCGCGGGCUAUGUUCCGGCCAAUCCGUUGCCACGGGAACCCGCUCCAUGGCUGGUGCGACAGCCAGAGACGGCACGGGAAGACCAAGAGCGAUUCAGACCCAGUGAGGCUGAACCGCUCAGCGGUUCGUGGACAAGCAGCGUGGCUAUGCCAAGCUCUUCUCUCCCCAAGCCCAACAUUGACAUGCCACGGGCCGAUCCUAGCAACCAAGAGGUGAAUGGACUGCACCGCGACCCUGGGCAUUCGGAGCGCGAAGUGGACUUGCGGGAAAGAGAAUGGGAAGAGAAGGCUCGAGGCACUUGGCACGAACGCGGUGACGCGAGCCACGGCAAAGAGCCGCAGCCGCAGCCACCAGAAGCAGAGAUAUCCAGGCCGAAAGAAGGCCAUGGCAACGGCGAGGCGCUCGUGAAAGCAGUGGCCUCCGCCAUUGAAGACGCGCCGCGCGUGGAGGCCAUGCUCCUCAGCAGCUCUUCGACAGGCAAUGUGAAGGCCCAGCUUCCCAUCUUGCUGGCCAGCGAUUUGCUCUUCCAAACGCUGGUGCCCAGUGGCUAUCUGCAAGACUUGUCCCAGCGAUGCCAGGUUCACAUCGAUAUCACUGCGGAGGAAUCACUCCCAUCAUCGGUUCGGCAAGUUGUUUUAAGUGGCACGGCGGCUAGCAACGCUUCCGCAGCAUACUGGUUGCAGGUUGGUGCAGCACGGCAUAUGGUGAAGAGCGCGGGUGUUCGACCCAAUUGA